GACGAAUGAUUGGUCAGGUUUCAAGGCGUGGUGUGGUGGGGAGCCAGUAGAAAGCGCUCUGAAUCAGAAGAAUUUUUCAACACUUGUGUCACCCACAACGACUGAUUUUCCACAUUUUUGCCUUAUUUCUCGUGUUUUUUCACAUUUCCAAAYUGAAAUGUCGUCCCGGAAAACCGUAAACCGCCGUGGAACCACGAAAAAGCGGGCCCAAAGGGCCACCUCGAACGUCUUUGCCAUGUUYGACCAGGCCCAAAUCGCCGAAUUCAAGGAAGCCUUYAACAUGAUUGACCAGAACCACGAUGGGUUCGUCGACAAGGAGGACCUCCAUGACAUGUUAGCCUCCUUGGGGAAGAACCCCACUGAUGACUACCUAGACGGCAUGAUGAACGAGGCCCCCGGACCCAUCAAUUUCACCAUGUUUUUGACACUGUUUGGGGAGAGGCUUCAAGGAACGGACCCCGAGGACGUAAUCAAGAACGCAUUCGGGUGCUUCGAUGAAGACAACAUGGGGGUUAUCAACGAGGAGAGACUGAGAGAGUUGUUGACCACAAUGGGGGACAGGUUCACCGACGAUGAGGUCGAUGAAAUGUACAGGGAAGCCCCCAUCAAAAACGGGCUCUUUGACUACGUGGAGUUCACACGCAUUCUCAAACACGGGGCCAAGGAUAAGGAUGAGCAAUAGUAACUAACUUUCCACUUUUUAUUGUUAAAAAAAAAUAGGACUAAUAGGGUUAUUCAAGGCAUUUAUUUUAUUUAAUGGAAUUUUGUUUAUACAUGA